CGAGAAGCACGAGCGAAGCGGAGGCGGACAGAGAGGAGCGGUCCAAGGCCAAAGGAAUCAACUAACUGCGGCUAUUCCCGCCGAUCCCGUUCCACCCACGCGCCUCUCCAGCUCGUGCCCCUCCCUCGCUUCAGCGUCCAAUUUCGCAGCAGAAACAAGAAAAGUCCCCAACUAACACUCCAAACAAAGCAAACAGCGACGAAAGAGUGGAAGAAAGAAGCUUUUUCCUUUUUUCUUUCUUUCUUCUAAGGACUAAUUCUUUGGUUAAUCUUCAGAGGAAAACCCCAGAUUCUUUCUCCCUUCCCUUUCCUUGAAGCCCUAGUCUUUGUUCUCUUUCCUACCCAGAGGGAGAAUCUUGAUUGCGACGAGGUCAAGAAGGGAGUCUGGGGUUUUCUGAGGAAUUGGGCAAUGCAUAAAUUCUUGAAUAUGGAGUUCUGCUUUGAAUGCUAAAUGGAGGGCGAAACCUGCAAUUUUGUCUGCCUUUGACGUCUCUGAUCGGGAAAAUAGGUUUCUGUUAUAGGUGUUCCGAGUCUUUUGGCUAGAAAAAACAUGUCUCAACUUGUACUCCAAUUCCAUAUUCAUGCCGGGAACUGCUGAUAUUUUGCGGCAGAAAAGAUCUUCCUCACAGUAAGAAGUAGAGACUUGAGAUUGGGCUCCAUCAAGGGGUAAAAUGUCUGAGCAACCACCUAAGCUAAGCAAGAGAACAAAUAAGGGACAUGAACACAAGAAAUCAUCUUCUAGUCCCAAGGACAGUCUUUCAAAAAAGCAGCAGAGGAAAGGAGAAAAUCCUGUCCGAAUACCACUAGCUACUGAGCAGUGUUCAGAUUUCAAAUGUUCAAGCUCAUGGAUCUGCAAGAAUUCUGCUUGUCGAGCCACUAUUCCAAUAGAUGACACAUUCUGCAAGAGGUGCUCUUGCUGUAUAUGUCACCUAUUUGAUGACAAUAAGGAUCCUAGUCUUUGGUUAGAGUGUGCUUCAGAGACUGGUCAUGGAGAAUCUUGUGGUUUAACUUGCCACAUCGAGUGUGCCAUCCAACGAGGGAAGGUAGGCGUUGUUAAUCUUGGACAACUAAUGCAGCUAGAUGGGAGCUAUUGUUGUGCUUCUUGCGGUAAAGUUUCUGGAAUUCUGGGGUAUUGGAAGAAGCAACUUAGCAUAGCAAAAGAUGCUCGUCGCGUCGAUAUUCUUUGUUAUAGAAUACACUUGUGUUACAGGCUCUUCGACGGGACUUGUAGGUUUGGAGAGCUACACGAAAUAAUUAAAGAUGCCAAGGCGAAAUUGGAAACCGAAGUGGGCCCACUGAAUGGAGUUUCAGCUAAGAUGGCUCGCGGGAUUGUUAGCAGACUCCCUGUUGCAGUUGAUGUGCAAUUGCUCUGCUCUCUAGCUAUUGAGAAAGCAGAUGAAUUCCUAGCUGCAAAGUCCUGUGCUGCCCCUAAUCUUGGAGAGUGCUCACUGCCAGCAGCAUGCAAAUUCCUUUUUGAGGAAGUGACAUCAUCUUCAGUCGUGAUAGUGCUCAUAGAGCUAUCCGCAGAAGAUGUGAAAGGCUACAAGCUCUGGUACUGUAGGAACCGAGAAGACGCUUAUACAAAAGAGCCUGUUUGUGUCUUCCCAAGAAGCCAGAGACGAAUUUUGAUCUCCAAUUUGCUUCCCUGCACAGAAUACUGCUUCAGGAUAGUGUCCUAUGCAGAGGCUGGUGAUUUGGGACACUCUGAGGCUAAGUGUUUCACAAAGAGUGUUGAGAUAUUUAGCAGAACUUCAAGCGAAGUCGCCCGUAAUCAGAUUGUGAAACAUAAUUCAGAUACUGGAGGAAGCAGCUCUUCUGCUGCUGCUGCUGGGACAGUGGUGGAGUCAGAUUCUGGGUUUAAGGUCCGUGACCUUGGGAGAAUUUUAAGGCUAGCUUGGGCUCAACAGAAAGGGUGCUGUUCAUCAUCAGAAAUAGAAAUGUUAUGUGGCAUUGCUGACACUAAUAACAAUAAGGCAGCAAAUGGUGGCAUACAAAAAGACCAAAAACCCCCUGCUUCACGCCAGCUUGACUUGAAUGUUGCUUCGGUUCCCGAUUUGAACGAAGAGUUGACCCCUCCCGUUGACUCUUCUAGGGACGAAGUUGAGGAAGAAGACAAUGGGAGUGAUGAAGAUGACUCCCUAAAUUGGAACAAGAAGAAGAAGAAGAAGAAGAGAGGUCAUGGAAACAAUGGCGGAGAAACACAUGACUCUGAUAGCACACUUAUAAAUGAUGGGUCCCCAACCAAAUCGCGCAAUGGAUGCUUUGAUGAGAACUUUGAAUACUGCGUGAAGAUCAUUCGCUGGUUGGAAUGUGAGGGCUACAUUGAAAAGGACUUCAGGUUAAAGUUGCUAACUUGGUUUAGUUUGAGAUCAACUGAACAGGAAAGACGGGUUGUCAACACCUUCAUUCAAACACUAAUGGAUGAUCCCAUUAGCUUAGCUGGCCAGCUGGUCGAUUCUUUCUCAGACAUGGUUUCCAACAAGAGGGCCCGAAACAGCUUUUGCACUAGGCUCUGGCAUUAGAGGACUUCCUUUAACAUUGUUUCUGACAAGCCGUCCAUUGUUACGUAUAUGCAGAAAAUCUUUCCCAUUCACUUCUCUCUCACUGUCAGUACAGAAGGCAAGUUGGUAGUGGGAUGGAUGCACGCAGACAUCAUUGUGUCUAGAUUCAAGAAAAAAAGAGGCUUACAUUUGUUUGUUGUGGAAACCAGAUUUCUGUCUUGUUUUCUGAAUGUUGUUAAUUGAUUCAGAAAGUAGUAGCUAGGUUUAUUUAAAACAAGCUCAUUUGGAUGAUACAACAUUGUUUUCAUUUGCUGCUGGCUCUAUCUCUUGUGUUCAUAAUUUUCACAUGCCCAAUCUUGCAUUUUCAGUUCCCAGGCAGUCUGUUUGGG